AUGGCUCUAAAUGUUGCUUUGGCCCCAUUGACUGCUUGGACGCCAACUACAACUGCAACUUCAACAACACUUACUUCAAUACCAGCAACAGCCGCUUCUGCUUUACAGUCACUGUUAUCAGGUGCAAUUCACACACUCACAUUAAAAGGUUCAGAAAUACCUAGAAAAGAAUAUGUUACUGUAUCAAGAGUAAUUAGAGGUGCUCAAGCUUCUUUAAGUAUAUUGGGUGCUGAGCAAAUGAUUGCAACUGCAACUGAUGAUGCUUCAAAAGCUAGUGCAACUCAACUUAUAUGGGAUCUGACUGAAAAUUUAUUGUCUUUAUUUUGGGAAGAGAACGUUUAUGGAAUUCAAUAUUUAAAUAGACCUGGUCAUAUUAUUUUCUUAUCCUUAUUUAGUCUUGCAUUUUUGUACUAUUUAUUUAUGGCCUACAAAUCAAAAUAUUGGUGGUUUAAUGCUGCCUUUUUGUCUGGAACAUUAUUUGAAGUAUUAGGCUACCUAGGUAAAGUCUUAAGUUUCACUGAUAUGAAAAACUUCAACUAUUACUUGUUGCAAUUGAUAGUAAUCACUUUAGCUCCUGCUCUUUAUCAGGGAGGAAUCUAUUAUACUUUUGCAUGUGACUCAAUAGCUUUAAUAGUUCAAUCAGCUGGAGGUGGUUUAGCUGCUACUUCUUUUCUAGAAAUCACAAACAUGCAUCCAGGAACUUUUACAAUGGUUGGAGGAAUUGCAUUUCAAGUUUUGUCAAUGUCAGCUUAUUUAAUUUUAUGGUUUAUGUUCCUUUGGCAAACAUAUUUCAAAAACACUGAGAGAUUGGGUGAACAAAGAUGGAAACCAUCAAUAAUAAAUUUUUUCAAAUUGUUCUUCAACACUUCAGAAGCUCAAAAAUACAAAGUUACCUAUUUAGACAGUAAUUACGAUCAGAAAUAUAAAGCUGUCAGAAGUACAAAGAUAUAUGGUUAUUUCCCAUUAGCAAUAACAACUGCAGUUUUUGCAAUAUAUAUUAGAUGUAUUUAUCGUGUUAUUGAAUUAUCACAAGGUUUUAGAGGUUACUUCAUUACACGAGACGCUUAUGUCUUGACACUUGAUGCGGCAAUGUGUUUCAUAGCCUGUGCUAUUUUUAUGCCAUUUAAUCCAUAUUUCGCAAUGGGAUCAGAUUAUACAAUUAAAUUCAAAACUCUUAUGGUUAAUGAUGAAGAGAAACAUUAUUCAAAUCAAGAUAUUUAUAUUGAUGAUUUAUCAAGUGAUGCUGAUAAAUCAGACAGUUUGGAAAAAUCUGCUGGAGUUAUUCAUCAAACUGUUGAAAUUGACAGUUUGACUGAACAAAGUGUUAAGAAUUAG